CUGUGUGUUCGGGGCAAAGACAGAGGUGGAAGAAGUACUCGGAUUUAAGCAAAUAUAGCACUUCUAAAUUAUAAAAGCACUUUGUUACGAGUAAAAGUCCUGUAUUCAGAAGUAAAAGCACAAGUUAUCGGCAUCACAAAAUACUUAAAGUACCAAAAGUAAAAGUACACCUUUUGCAGAAUCAUAUAUAUAUAUAUUGAGUUACUAUUAUAAUUAGUCAGUGUUUUCAUCCCAGCUGGUACAUGAAGAGCUAAUUUGAUAUACUGCAGCUACAUACCUUACAUUGGUCAAAGUGUAUUCAAUAAUUGAUAAAUAUGUUGUAUUAGCUAAUAAUCUAAACCUGAAAAGUAGUCAAAAAUGCCCGCAAUAGGAAAUGAAUGGGUAACCCUGCAUUAUGUUCAUCCAUCAGAUAGUACACACCCAACAAAUCUACAAAAUGUUGAUUCUGGAAAACAUUUUCAGUAUAAAUGCUUUGUAUAUUCACUGCGGUUAUUCAAGUAAACCAGGAGACAUUGUUUACUUAAAUGUAAGUAAAAUAGAAAUGUGUAAUAACAGGGGACAUUUAAGCAGAAGUAAGGGGGGAGAAGCUAACCCAACAGGAGGGUUAAGAAACGAGACAGUGUUCCCCCAGCUGUGCAUCCCACUAUCAUAUUAAUGGUGAUCAAUCGCCAGUGACAGAGCUGGAAGUGUAACACGGUGCAGCCGGCCUGUCUGGACACGCUCCCACACACAGGAAGACUCCCAGGUUCAUCAUUAUCACAUUUAUGAGCACUCAGUCAGUCAGUCACUCAGCCUCUGCACAGUGUGCCAUUUAAACGCUGGCGUCCCACCCACGCUGUUAUCAGGGGGCAAAGUCAACUGAGACUUGUCCUGUUGGGCUGCAGGCGGACAGGGUCAGUUCAAACAGGCUUUCUGCUGGGGAGCGCUUCAGGGAUGCAGAGACGUCUUUUUGGAUUAUUAACAUUUUCCUGGAUGUACAAGGUUUUUUUAAUGGUUUCCCUGGAUUUUUGUGCUACUGAUUACACCUCUUAAAUACAUUCCAUUGGUCUCUCUUGCAGUGGGAAUAUGGAGAUUGUUCGCACCGGCGCCAUGAGUGGGCUUCUCAAGAGGAAGUUUGAGGAGGUGGAUGAGGACCCAUGCUACUCCUCACCCUCCUCCCUCUCCUCCGACUGCUCGGGGUGGGACUCGGAGGGGGAGAGCUGCUACUCGGACACCCUGGACUCCACCCCCAGCAACCCCAGCUCGCCUGCAAAAACCUACAACACCACGUCCAUCCUUAAGAAAUCCAAGAGAGCCAGACGGGGCAAUGUGACCUUCGACCAGGUGACGGUGUUCUUCUUCCCUCGGUGCCAAGGCUUCACCAGCGUUCCCAGUCGAGGAGGAUGCACUCUGGGAAUGAUGCAGCGCCACAGCGUCCUCCGCACCUAUUCGCUUGCCGAGUUUGCCGUGGAGCAGCGGCUGCUACGACGGGAAAAAUUUCUCAACAGACUCAGGGAGGAAAAGCUCGAAGCUCUCAAGUUAAAGCUGACUAAGAAUGGAACCCAGGAGAACGAGGAGGCGGAGCGGCUAACGGUGGACGACAUCCCCGAGCAGGACAUCGACAUCGGUGGCACCAAUCUGGACGAGUGCUCUUUCCUCCAUCCUUACCCACCCAAACGGCGCUACGCUCUACUCAAAGAAGCCGGCGUGAAGAAGGUCGACAAGGACGAGAAGAGGCAACUGCACGAGCUGAGGAUCUCCAGGGAAAACUGUGGCUGUGACUGCCAGGGCUUCUGCGAGCCGGAGACGUGUAGCUGCAGCCUGGCUGGCAUCAAGUGUCAAAUGGAUCAUUCCUCCUUCCCAUGUGGCUGCACUAAGGACGGCUGCGGGAACACAGAAGGUCGCAUCGAGUUCAACUCCACCCGGGUACAGACGCAUUACAUCCACACCAUCAUGAAGCUGGAGCUGGAGAAGAGGCUGGAGGAGCAGUCGAGCCCGGAGGAAAGGGAUAAAACCACCACCUUAGUGCCCUCGUACGGCUUCACUUCAGACCUGGCAGGAGAGAACAGCUGCAGCAGCGACAUGACGGACUUAUCGGACUCUCAGAGCGAGGACUCUGGGGCGGGCGAGAGUCCGUGCGAUCACCACACCCAGCUGGACGACAACGGCCUGAGCAUUUUGAGUUUUAGCGACACGGUGGGCGGCUCUAGAAGUGGGAACUGUCGAGACAUUUGCUACCCAGAUAAACAUCAAGACCACCUGUCCACGGAGGCUUUCAGCAGCUUCAGCAUGGCAGACUUUGCAGACGAGAACGACAAUAUAGACGCCGCGCUGUUGGACGAUCACACAGACAAUCGAGCGACAGACUUUUUGGAUGAGAACGCCAACCAGGGGAACGGUUUAUUUCACGGCGGCAGUGUGCCACGAACGCCGUCCCCGAGCAUCGACCGCUCGGCGAGUUACAACAUGGACCUGAGCCUCUCCUCGGAGUCGGACCUGGAGUUCUUUGACGGGUUUCCCUGCUUGGGGCCCAGCUCGCUCUACAACUCCCUGAAGGAGUACGAACACAUGGACAACUUCUUUCAGUUUCAGUUGCCUAGCUAUCCCUCCCUCCCUCCGGCCAGCGACCCCGGGACCUGCCUCCUGGAGUCGCUGAUCGGACUCUCCGAAUCCGUCCCUGAACCCCCCGCCACAUUUACAGACAAUCAGCUGUUGGAGGAAGCCAUGAAAUUGUCUGUGAUGGAGUCUGUGAAAGUUUGACGAAACUAGUGGACAGUGCAAGGAAAAAUAAAAGGUUAUAGAGGGGUGGCCGAACAUGCACAUAAAUGUGAUUUUUGGAGGAAGCUGUGAUUUCCCUAUUGCCUAAUAAAUGUUCAAAUUCCAGACUUGCCUUCAAAACGUUAGCAAAGCAGUGUGGGAUAAAUGCUGUGUGAGAUGGCAGCUAGUGUUAAAAAUGCAAAAUGGAAAUCAAUUUGGCCCUUAGUAACCAAUGAUGGCUCUGCAGUUCCUAAGAAAGCUAUUUUGACCAAACCAAGAUCACCAACCAUGUGAUGAACUGGAAGUAAACCUUAACUGGGGCCAGGUUGGGAAUCUCCACACAGCUCAAUGUGCACCUCAGGGAUUUUUCUAGCUUUCUAGCUUUUGGAGGCAAUGUACGGUGACCAUUGCUGUGAUGGCCUUCAUUUAAAACCUGAGUUAAAUCACACGUGUUCUCUUAUUGGGCUCACACUCGGAUGACUUUGAGUUGGUACGGUCCACCCUGUUAAAGCUAGUGGACUCUUCCUCCUCAAGAUCUCACCUUUGGGUGUUAUAUGGUACAAAAGAAAUCCCUCUAAAAGCUCCUCGAUCAGCACUUUAUCUGUGAAAAUGUUUGAAUAGGCAUUGCUGUGGUUGUAUGGGGUCGAUUCAACAGUUCAACGCUAAAUUAUGGAGUUCCUUAUUUAUGAGAAAGGAAAACGCUCAUACCAUUUAAAGCUGUAGCUUGUUUUAUCUAUAUUACUUUGUUUUAAAUUAUUUCCUUUCAUGAUUCUAUUCUAUUUAUUUCCGCCUACUUUCACUCGAGAAGCACUGUGGUUAUUUUUCACCUCAAAGUGCUUCCUUUUCCCCCCAUUUCACAUGAUGGCAUUGCUAUGGGAAAGGGACCACAAGUCCAUCAGAAAGUAUUUAAUAUCUAUUCUCUUUUACAUAUAACUUUUUUUUUUGAUAACUUAUUAUAUCAUUUCAUUAGCUAUUUAAUUUAAGACAUUUUGGCAAUAAAAUGGGGGUGUUGUGAAGUUUACUGGAUGUGCCUGCUUAUCAGGGAGCCUGAUAGUGCUUCCAUUUAAGCUUUGGGACUGAAAACUGUGGAAUCUCCCGAAUCACUGAAACUAAAUGAUGGGUCUAUUGUAUCGCUGCCUAUAAUGUAACCAUAGAAAAAUUACACUAAUAUUUUAUAACUAAUUUAUGUAGGUCGACAAAGAAUUCUAAUCACUGACAAAUUAAAAUAUUUUAUUAAAGAAAGAAAAAAAAUUCAAUCCGGGACAAACUUUGUAAUAUAUGAAUUAUAGAGAAAUGUAUACUUAUGAAGGUUAUGGCGCUCUAGCAUUCUGAAGUAUUUUUCACAUAGGCAGUCUUAUGAGUAGAUGUCUUAGCGAAAUGCCACUAAAACUGAGUAAAUUGCAAAGAUCAAUUUGAUUGUAUUCUGAAUUUCUUGGAAGUCUGUGACUUGGGUUACACUAUGUAUUGAAUUAAACAAGGGGCAUUGUGGGUAAAAACUGCAUAUAUUAUACGGUUUUUAUCGCACACACAAACCCUGAAAAUGAAAAAAGUUGCCUCAUUCAUGACAGAACAAGACAGUGGAGGACACUAGAGAGUGUAUGUACAUAUCUCACCCUUUCUACAGCUGUUUCUGCAGCCUUUCUGGACCCUUUAGAAAUUAUGCAUGCAGGUCCCGUUUGUUAAAACUUGUUCUGAUUAAUUGUAUACUUUGAAAAGUGCUGAAUGCACAUCGGAAAUGUAUUAUUCGCUUUUUGCCUUUUUUGAGUAUUUUAAAAUCCAUCCGAUAUGUUCUCACGCCAUGAAGAGGGCACUGAUUCUUUUUGCCAAUGUUUGUUUCUCUUGUAAAAAAAAACAUCAUGAAGAAAUGGCAUCAGUGAGUGUUCAUCAAUGUAAUGUAUUACAGUACAGCUUUUUUUUACAUUUUGUUUUCAGAAAAGAAACGUGUCUUACUUUUUUGCCUUUUUUGUUGUACAUAUUUCUGCUUGAAUGGUCCUGCAGAGCAAACAAAGCUGCUUUAUUUUUUACAUAUUCACACUUUAACCUGCUGUUCAAAAACAGUCUCUUUCAUCUAAGCCAUUUGACAGCCUGUCCCUCCAAAUAAUAAUAAAAAAAACAUUUUCUAAAA